AUGCCCGAGAUCUACCACAUCGCCCUUAUCGGAAUCGGCCACAGGGGCUACAAGACGCACUUCGCCAGCCUGCACGGGUCGCCCUCCGAGUCGAUUGUAGCCGUCUGCGAUGCCAACAAGCAGACGCUGGGUCAAUUCUCGGGCAAGCACCCUGACAUUCCAGCCUACGAGUCUAUUGAAGAGUUACUGGCCCAGCAUAAGCCCGACUUCGCUCUCGUCUGUCUCCCGCACACUGUCUACGGCAAGUGUGUCGAUGCGCUUGCCGCAGCAGGUAUUCCAAUUCUCAAAGAGAAGCCUGCAGCGAAUAACAUCGAAGAGUAUGAGGGCUUGCUAAAGCUGCCCGUGCCCAUUGGGGUGACGUUCCAGAAGAGAUUCGAGCCGAGGUACCACCAGCUAGUCAGCCUCUUGCCUCUGCUGGGACGGGUUGUCUCCUUUCGAGCAGUUCUCGCAAGAAACAUUGAGAAUCUUGCGUCGAGUUGGAGAGCAUCUGGAGUGGGAGUUGCCGAAGAUCUGGGCAUCCACAUGAUUGACAUCAUCAUCUGGCUUUUUGGAGAGCCGGACUCGGUCAAUGCCGUUAAGAUCGAUGCUGUCAGACAAUUCCAGAAGUACAGUGGCGAUGACAUUGCCGACAUCUCGUUUAAAUGGAACGACAAGGCCCUGAUUGGCAACGUGCACCUCUCCCGAGUUGCCCAUGCUGACGCGGAAUCGAUCACGAUUACCGGAACGGCCGGGACCGCAAUACUCGAUAAUCGUAGAGUCACUCUGGUGGACGCCAGCGGUACUCAAAUUGUCUCCGUUGAAGAUACGUCGUCGAAACGAAUGGUCGUGAGGAGGAUGGUGCGAGGGUUCGGCGACUUCCUUCAAGGCGUGACGACCCGAUACGAUAGCUCUCUUGAGAGCCACAGAAGCACCGUGAGAGUCUUGGACGCAGCAAAGCUGUCUUUUCUCUCCGAAAGGGGCGAAUACGUCCCCAUUGGUCGGGAAGGGCAAGAGCAUUGCCCAUGGCCCAUCAUCACGCCCGAGAUAGAAAAGGCCAUCGUCGACCAGGCCCAUUCUUCACUCUCCAUAUACAACCGCUCCAACAUCUACGAGACGUUCGAGGAUAGGUGGCGCAACCUCCACAACGUCAAGCAUGCGCUCGUCUGCAGCUCCGGAACGGUUGCCAUCCUGCAUAUGUUCGAGGCGCUGCAGCUGCAGCCUGGAGAUGAGGUUCUGUGCCCUGUAUACACCUUCUUCGCGACGGCCACGCCCAUGCUGCAAUACGGUGCGGUUCCCGUCUUCUGUGACUCGCUGGAAGACGGAAAUCUGGACCCGGAAGAGAUCCGCGCCCGCAGCACAUCUAAGACACGGGCGGUGAUCGUCACUCACAUGUGGGGUCUCCCCUGCCGCAUGAAGAAGAUUGUUGAGAACGCCAAGUCGGUCAACGGCGGCAUCAAGGUGCUUGAGGAUUGCUCCCAUGCGCACACGGCCACGGUGGAUGGCAAGAUGGUGGGCACAUGGGGUGACAUGGCGGCCUGGUCGCUGCAGGCGAAGAAGAACAUCACGGGCGGUCAAGCGGGAGUGUUUGCCACCAACUCGACCGACUAUUACGCGCAUGCCAUCAUCCACGGCCAUUUCAACAAACGCGCCAAGCAAGAGGUUCCCGAGAGCCACCCCCUUCGCAAAUUCUGGCUGACAGGUCUCGGCUUGAACCUCCGUGCCCACCCCCUCGCCAUUGCCAUGGCCAAUGUCCAAAUGUCGAACCAUGCGGUUGCGCAGAAAUGGCGUGAGCACUGGGCGCGACGUAUCAUCAGCCAGCUGCAGGUUAUCCCCUUCCUUCGCAUGCCCGAUGUCGUCAACCAGGGCACGGAUCGACACGCCUGGUACGCGUUGGUGAUGCAGUUUGAUGCAUCGCAGGCGCCUGCAGAUCUCACUCGCGACGGGUUCGUCAAGCUCUUGACCGACAAGGGCCUUUCGGAGGUGGACAUCCCGCGCAGCACUGGUCUGCUCAACGGCCUGCCGCUCUUCACGGAGACGGCCAAGGCCCUGCCCAGGUUCGGCACUCCGGGGCCGUGGGGAAAGUCUCAAGACACGAGCGAGUUCCCAAGGGCGCUGGCAUUCUACAACGCCGCCAUUAAGCUGCCAGUGUGGUCGCGAGGCCAGGACGAGGUGAUUGUUGACCGAUACAUCAAUGGCUUCCUCGAUACUGCCUAUGAGCAGCUCCACGGCACCUCUUCCCGGCCCUCAAGACGCACCUUCUUUCAAGCCAGGCUGUAGAAGGGGGCAAUUUGCGAUUGUUAAUUCAAAGCGCAUCAAUGUGCGCCCGUGAUCGCGCUGACAGCUUCAAUGGUCCCACGAAUCCCCUGCCCAGAUCAAUCUAGUUUCAAUCGUUCGUCUCAAAAAUAGAGCGUGUAGCGGUGCUGCUGCGUUGUAAACAGAGGUAGCCAGG